GCAACUACAGAGUAAACAUGACUCGGCCACCUGUUUUGUGGAUGCUGGGAACGCUUACAAAAAAGCAGAUCCACAAGGGCCGGUUUACUAUUGCUGCCAAACAUCACAUCACCAUUGCAGAGAUAUAUGAGACCGAGCUGGUUGACAUUGAAAAGGCAAUUGCACAUUAUGAACAAGCUGCAGAUUAUUACAAAGGAGAAGAAUCCAACAGUUCAGCCAAUAAGUGUCUGCUCAAGGUGGCUACUUAUGCUGCGCAGUUGGAGCAGUACCAGAAGGCUGUCGAAAUCUAUGAGCAGGUUGCAACAAGUACCAUGGACAACCCUUUGCUCAAGUACAGUGCAAAAGAGUACUUCUUCAAGGCUGCUCUCUGCCACUUUAUUGUGGAUGAGUUGAAUGCAAAGCUGGCCCUAGAGAAGUAUGAAGAAAUGUUUCCAGCAUUCACAGAUUCACGAGAGUGCAAGUUGUUAAAAAAGCUGCUGGAAGCUUACGAAGAACAAAACUGCGAAGCAUACACAGAAGCAGUCAAGGAAUUUGACUCCAUUUCUCGCUUGGACCAGUGGCUAACCACCAUGUUGCUCCGCAUCAAGAAGUCCAUUCAAGGCGAAGGGGAAGGAGACUUGAAGUGACUUGUCUGUGAUAUUUUGUGGCAUGCAGCCUAACUCUUAAAUCUGUGUUUGUGUUACAGCCAGGGACCAUUAAGGGAUACUUGAUACUAUGUCUAGCUUAACUUUGUCGCUUAUGAACCAAUGACUUGUGUGGUGUUUAGUAUCCUGCUGUCUGUUUGGAUGACAUGGAUGGGGAAAGAAAUGAUACUUUAGGUGUUGCUGAUGGAUCCUUACACUGUGAAAUCAAUAAAGGUUUGUGAAACUCUUAGAUGGAUGAAAGAAACGUGGCAGAAAUCUUUAUUUUUGCUAGCUGAUGAGCCAAGUCUACAUUUUAAAUCUCUUCUGCCAUUACUCUACAAGCUCGUGAUCUCCAGGCCCUUUGAUCCAGGUGUGUAAGUAUCUGUUCUUCCCAUGACACAGUACAUGCAAGUUUCUGAAUUAAUGCUGCUGUUAAUGUUUUAUGUUUUUAAUGGACUUCACUCGGAUAUGUUUAGAAUUUUGUUUUUAAAAUGGUAAAGCUAUUUUGAUGGUGCUAGUGAAAAGCUUGUGACCUUUUUAUAUACAGUAUGCAUGUGUGUAUGUACUCUACAGAUACAUGUGUGCAUGUAUAAAUACAGAAUACAUAAUGACAUAGGUCUGAAACCCUGAUCAUUCUUCAGAGGGGAGGGAUGACCACUUCUAAUAGUUUAUUAUCUCUCCACAAACUUAUUAAAUAGGACCUAGUCAAUCAUGUAUUUUAUAUUUAAGAACUAUAUAUAAAAUGUAAGUUUCUUCUAUUUUUUCUUGAAGAGGUUUUUCCACUUUAUUUUGUGGUGCAUCCCAUCCCUCCUACCCUGAGAUGACUUUACCCAAUAAUAUAUUUUUCUAACUUUUCAUUUAUAUAAGCUGUUGCUGUCAUCUUUACUGCAGGUGUUUUUCAUGUGUGUGCCAGGACACGUUUCACUAUUGUGCUAUUGGCUGAGCUAUCUCAGUGUUGUGUGUGAAAUUACUGCAUUAAACACAGUACUAGAUAGGAGAACCCUACUUAGCAUGGCUGGACCAUAGCUUGAUCAGGCUUUGCUUUCGCAUUAGUGUUUUCUUUAUUUCAACAUAGUGAUUUUUUUUUUAAAUUACAUGCAAACUCUGUUUUCCUUUGGGCAAGCCUUAGUUUCAGUGCAGCUAAUUAGACAAGAAACCUAUAUUUAAUAUAAAUGAAAGUGUGACCAUAUACAGUUUCUUAGUGUGGUGUGGCUUAUUUCUCUACUGUAAGAGUAAGUUGUGGAAAUAAUUUUGUAUAUCAUCAAUGUUGCAUAUACAAGCAAAGGCUACUAGCUGUACUUAUGUAAAUGCCACUUGACCUUUUAAACUGUCCAUCCUCAUAAAGUAGGAAAACACUAGUAUCCCACAGCU